GGAAUGAUGUAACAAGACAGAAUACUGAGCCAGAGAGAAUGAAGUGCAUCAGGAACCUCACUUCUCUUCAUCGUCUCUACUCGACUAAUGUAGCCCCUCCUAUACUCUCCAAGGUGAAGCAGAAUGCUCAGUUCAAGGAGAAUUCAGCUGCAAUGGCAAGCCUUGUUGCUGACCUGGAAGGUAAAGUAGGAUCUAUAAGUGAGGGUGGAGGAGCGGAUGCGCGGAAGAGACACACAGGCAAGGGUAAACUACUGGUCAGACAGAGAAUCAACACUCUCCUCGAUACUGGCUCUCCUUUCCUGGAGCUGUCCCAGAUGGCUGGUUAUAAGUUGUACAAGGAGGAGGUCAACGCUGGGGGCAUCAUCACUGGUAUUGGGCGUAUAUCAGGACGAGAGUGUAUGAUUGUAGCUAACGACGCGACAGUUAAAGGAGGUACCUACUAUCCCAUUACUGUUAAGAAACACGUGAGAGCCCAGGAGAUAGCUAUGGAGAAUAACCUGCCCUGUGUUUACCUGGUGGACAGUGGUGGAGCUAACCUCCCUCACCAACCUGAGGUGUUUCCAGACAGAGAUCACUUUGGUCGGAUAUUCUACAACCAAGCGAACCUGUCCUCCAAAGGAAUAGCCCAGAUAGCGGUUGUGAUGGGUAGCUGCACUGCGGGAGGAGCCUAUGUUCCUGCCAUGGCGGAUGAGAGCAUCAUUGUUAAGGAACAAGGUACAAUAUUUCUGGGUGGACCCCCCUUGGUGAAAGCAGCGACAGGAGAGGAGGUAUCAGCAGAGGAUCUGGGUGGGGGCAUGAUGCACUGCAGCCAGUCUGGUGUGACUGACUACCUGGCUGUGGACGACACCCAUGCGCUGCACAUUGCGCGCAACAACGUGUCCCACCUCCACCUGCCACCCUCUCCACAACUCAAUAUUCUGGAGUCAGAGGAACCGCUGUAUGAUCCUAGUGAGAUUGGUGGAGUUGUUGGGACUGAUCUUACUAGAACAUUCGACAUGAGAGAGGUAAUAGCCCGAAUAGUGGACGGUUCCAGAUUCUCGGAGUUUAAAGAGAAGUACGGUACUACUCUCGUUACAGGGUUUGCUCACCUUCACGGAAUGCCUGUGGGUAUCAUCGCUAACAAUGGCAUUUUGUUCAGUGAGUCGUCUCUAAAAGGUUCUCACUUCAUACAACUGUGCUGCCAGAGGAAGAUUCCACUUCUCUUCUUCCAGAACAUUACCGGCUUUAUGGUCGGCAAGGAGUACGAAGCAGGUGGUAUUGCCAAGAACGGAGCUAAGUUAGUAACAGCUGUGGCCUGUGCCAAAGUCCCUAAAAUAACAGUUAUAAUGGGAGGAAGUUUCGGAGCGGGUAACUACGGAAUGUGCGGGCGCGCGUACAGCCCACGUUUCCUCUACAUGUGGCCCAACGCUAGGAUAAGUGUAAUGGGAGGUAAACAGGCUGCCUCUGUGCUGUGUCAGAUCAGUAGGGACAAGAUGGAGCGUGCUGGAAUGCAGUGGUCUGAAGAAAUGGAAAAACAGAUACGAGGACCGGUAGAAGCCGGGUUUGAGAAGGAAGGACACCCGUACUACGCGAGUGCGAGACUCUGGGACGACGGGAUUAUCAAUCCUGCUGACACACGAAAUGUUUUGGGACUCAGUUUGUCCGCUACACUCAACGCCCCAAUUCCUGACACUCCGUUUGGUGUGUUCAGAAUGUAAUGUUAGCAACUCGUAGACAGUAGUUAAAUUAAAUAGUUUGGGUCUUUGGUUAUUGGUACUUGAUUUUGUGAGUUUUCUACUGAUCUGUUAGGAUUUAUAAUAAUAAUAAUAUUGAAAUUGAUGUGAUAGAGUUGAUCUGGGUUUGAUUUGAGACCUCUUUGCCGUUAUUAUUCACUUUUGUGUCUUCGACAAUAUUUGCCUCCAAGAAUAAUUUAUAUGUUAGUAAUUUAUGAUUAUGUUAGCCAAAAAGCAAGCGUAAUAGCUGAACCUUAGCUGUGUUAUACUCGGUUUUUACUUUUAUAAUUUUUGACGAUGUCUAUGUGUUAUAAUUAUGAUAAUUUAUUAUUAAACUUUUUCAUGUAAA